CAGAACCUCAGUGUUACUAAGUCAAAGUGAACUGAUUCUAGUCAACAGAGACUGAUUGCUAGCAACAUGUGUAAAGGUCUAGCUGCUCUGCCUGCCACUUGUCUCAAAAGUGCAAAAGAUAUGAAACAUCGCCUUGGCUUCCUGUUGUCAAAGCCAGAUGCAUCGACAGAUCAUGGCUCAGUGCUGAUCAAGAAGGAGAAGGCAGGUGUAGCUCACAGACUCAGUUGGGAUGAGGUCAAAGAAUGGAGUGAAUCUUUGCAAAGACUGAUAACUCACAAAUGUGGCCUGGUCAUAUUUUCUGAAUUUCUGCAAUCUGAAUUCAGCGAGGAGAAUAUCAAGUUCUGGUUGGAGUGCGAGGCAUACCGAAGAAUCAAGUCAGCUACAAAACUGGCCUUAAGGGCAAAGGAGAUUUUUGAUGAAUACAUUGCAGUUGAUGCUCCCAGAGAAGUGAAUUUGGAAUCUCAGAUCAGAGAAAAGACAAAGAAAAAUAUUCUGGAGCCAACAUCUGCUUGUUUUGAUGAAGCGCAAAGCAAGAUCUAUGCCUUGAUGGCAAAAGACUCUUAUCCCAGAUUUCUUAAGUCAAAGAUCUACUUGGAUUUACUGAGCCAAUCUCAGGCCAGAAACCAACCCAAGUGCAAAGAACAAAUCCCCCGCUCCUCCGACUCCCAGCGCUUACAUGCUUAGUGUGCCUGGAAAUACCAGAGUUGCUCUUUAUGUGAUGAUGGUGUUGAAAUAUUCCUUAGAUAACUUAAUAUAAAGCCUACAAAGUUAUUGUUGUUGGUGAAAGUUAUCAUAAUUAAAUUUGAUCAAAAGCUGCACUUUAACCCCUCAGAAUGAAGGUAACUGUUUUUGUACAAUGCUAGCAAAAUCUCAUUUUUCUAAUGUAGUUGUAUUAUACCUGUGUUGAAAAGCUGUGCUGUGCCUUUCAUUGUUACUUGGACUGAAAUUAGUCAAAAACUGUUCUCAUUCACGUUGGUAUUCCUCGUCUUUCUUGUAUGUUGUAUUUCCUUAUUACAUCUGAGGUCAUUCAGCUCAUCUAAUUUCAGAGCAUCCCUGUGUCCCAUUCAUCCAUUCAUUCCCUGUUAGCUAUACUUUCUCAAUUCUCUCCUUGAUUGUCCAGCUAUUCACCAAAACUCUCAGCAAAAUUUACAGUGACCAAUUAACCUACCAAUCUGCACGUCUUUUGGUUGUAAGAUGAAAGCAGAGCAUCCAAGAGAGACCCAAUUGGUCACAAGGAGAAUAUGCAAACUCCAUGCAGAUAGUGCCAGAGUUCAAGAUGGACCCCAGAUUAACGGAGCUGUGAAAAGCCUACUAGACAAAUCAGUAUUCAUUCACAUUUGCCAGUUGGAAUCUAUGGAGCUUUCUAUCUUGUCAAUUUUUGUGGGUGGGCUCAGCACAUGGCCUGUAGUUUUUCAUGAACUAAGUUCAAGAACACCUUCAAGUGAAUGAUUGAAGUACUGUAAAAUGCCUUUGGCUCCGAGAUAUAUUCAAUAUUAAAAUAAAUAAAUUGCAUGCCUUACAUUUUGACAACAAAUGGCUGAUACUUUCUGACUGCUACAAAGUUUGAAAAGAAUAAAUUACAUGAUGUGAUUUGUACAGAAGUCAUACUUGUGCUAGUCUGAAAGCAACCAAGUGAUGACAGUAUUCAUUGUUUUCCAAUAUGCAUUUGUACCAUGUGUCAAAUCCCUGACCUUUCUGCAUCAUGCUCUAUUAAACAGGUUAGAAUCCCUGAUGGAAAUGAAAACCUUAAUUGUUUUGUACAUCUGUGAAGAAUAUACCUGUGUCUAUAGAAGUCAAUUAUUCAAUUUGAUGGUAUCAGAGAAUAAUUUAUUGUACACCAAAAAUAACAAGAAAGUUUAAUUAUUUUUAUAUCCAUUACAUUCAGUAUUGCUGUAUUCUGUACUCGGGUUACUCUGGCAGGCUGUAUUGGGGUGAAUAUCUGGUAACCAACAGAACAGUGAAACAGAAAGUUCACCCAUAGUCAAAAGAAUAUUUAUUCUAUUAUUAUUGAUUAAUUUAUGAUGUGUGUGGAAUUUUCUUUUGUUAUGAAUAUUUAAAUAAAUUAUGUUUCAUAUUAAA